UUCCAAGAGGUGAAGUGCUGUGUACCUGAACGUUCUCCAGGAUGGCUCUAUUCCGAGGUCUUCUGGCCUUCGGGAUAUUCUUAUCAUUAGGAUUUGCUAUAGCAUCAGCUGACAAAGAUGUCUUGAAGAGGUUCCCUCUCCUCAUGCCGAAUGUCGUUCCAAAGAGGGACGACACCUACUUCUGCACCCCCAUCCGCAUAGACCCUACAAUGGACUACUACAUCACCGGGUUUCAACCCAACACGACGAGCGCCCUGGCGCACCACAUGCUGGUGGUUGGGUGCACCGCCCCCGGGCUGGACGAGGCCCUUUGGAACUGUGGGGGCAUGGCCAUGAGCAACGCGGGCUUCAGGACCGCACCCACAUGUGCUGAGGGCACCCAGAUAAUCUACGCGUGGGCGAUGGACGCGCCUGCGCUGCUGCUGCCAGAGGGCGUCGCCUUCAGGGUGGGCAGGAGCUCUGACAUCAAGUACCUGGUGCUCCAGGUACACUACGCCUCCAUGGAGCCCUUCACAGACGGCGCCACGGACGACUCAGGCGUCUUCGUCUACUACAAGGAGAAGCCACAGCCCCGGUCGGCGGGGGUGCUGCUGCUGGGCACUGGGGGGCGCAUUCUUCCCCAGAGUGUGGAGUACAUGGAGACAGCCUGCACCAUCGAGGAGGAUAAAGUUAUACAUCCAUUCGCCUUCCGUACCCACACCCACUCACUAGGGCGGGUGGUGAGCGGCUAUAAGGUCACCCGUCGGGGGCAGGAGGACGAGUGGACGCUGCUGGGGAAGAAGGACCCCCAGCUCCCCCAGAUGUUCUACCCCAUCGCCACCAACACCACCCUCACCCGCGGGGACCGUGUGGCUGCCAGAUGCACGAUGGUCAGCGACCGCGACACCGUGACCCUAAUUGGCGCGACCGGCAAAGACGAGAUGUGCAAUUUUUACCUGCUUUACCACACCGAGGGGGAGACGCUGCAGCAGAAGAACUGCUUCUCCCUCGGCCCCCCCUUCUACUCGUGGGGGGGAGGAGACCUGAGGGACAUCCCUGACGGGGAUGCCUCGUCCCUCCCCCAGGGGGAGACUGCCCACGAGAUGGGGGUGCAAGUGCACCAGAUGUAGCGGGGGAUGUAGCGGGUAAUGACGGCACCAAAUGUAGCGGGGGAUGUAGCGGGUAAUGACGGCACCAAAUGUAGCAGUGAAUGGGGGCAACAAAUGUAGCAGUGAGUGAAGGAAAUGUAGCAGUGAAUGAAUUGUAGCGGGGAAUGAGGGUAAAAAACGUAGCAGUGAAGGAAAUGUAGCAAGGAAUGAGAGCAACAAAUGUAGCAUUGAAUGAAAUGUAGCAGUGAAGGAAAUGGAGCAGUGAAUGAAAUGUAGCAGUGAUUGAAAUGUAGCAGUGAAUGAGAGCUAAAAUGUAUAUAGCAGUGAAUGAAAUGUAGCAGUGAAUGAAAUGUAGCAGUGAAUGAAAUGUAGCAGGGAAUGGAAUGUAGCAGUGAAUGAAAUGGAGCAGUAAAAGGAAUGUAGCAGUGAAUGAAAUGUAGCAGCGAAUGAAAUGUAGCAGUAAAAGGAAUGUAGCAGUGAAUGGAAUGUAGCAGUGAAUGAAAUGGAGCAGUAAAAGGAAUGUAGCAGUGAAUGAAAUGUAGCGUGAAUGGAAUGUAGCAGUGAAUGAAAUGGAGCAGUAAAAGGAAUGUAGCAGUGAAUGAAAUGUAGCAGUGAAUGAAAUGUAGCAGUGAAUGAAAUGUAGCAGUGAAUGAAAUGUCGCAGUAAAUGAAAUGUAGCAGUGAAUGAAAGCACCUUAAAUGAAGCAGUGAAUGAGGGCACAAAUACAGCAUUGGGUGAGGGAAUCUAAUAUAAAAUUGAAUUAAAUGCAUGAUUUAAAAAUUGGACCAAAUUGAAGAGUUUAAUCAAUAUUGCCAAGUUGAUCUUAUCAUAUUGAAGUAUGAUAAUUACCACGAGAGUAGUCAAAUUUUUGCAUUGCAUAAUAGUUUAAGCCGUACUGGGGUAAUAAAUUGUACCUUCAAGGAAUUAAUAGAUAACCCUAUUGGUAAAUAGAUAUUCCUAUUAUAUAGAAGGAAGAAAAAUUGCGAAAUAGUGGAUGCGAAUAUAAUUAAAAAAGAUAUGCUUGCUGCAUUAGAAAAGUAUGCAUUGUAAGUGAAGAACGUGUAAACAACUACAUGAAAAUAAGUUAAAUCUAUACCUCUAUAUAAAUAAUAAUCUAAUAUUAUAUAAAAGUUCAUAGAUAAUUAAUCCGUAUUAGUUCCAACAGUACUUUUUAUCCCCAGUUUUUGGGACAAAUUAUAUCCCCAAACAUAAAAUAAAUUAUAUUAAAUCAUUUUUAGUAGCACUACGCUAUUUAUGAUGAUACAUAAUGAUUACCGCAGCGAUUAUCAUGGAUUAUAGGAUAAUCAUUCAUUAAUUUAUUAUACAUUUACAAGCAGGUAAUGAAAAUAAUUAUAUUUUUCAUUGUAAUGUCGUUGUAUUUUGCAUGUUCGUCACAACGAUACACGAGGUCGUAUUAUUAUUGUUAUUAUUGUUAUUAUUAUUUAUUUUGCUAUGACUGUUA